UGAUAAAGAUUAGGGUUAGAAGAAGAUUCUAGGAAAGGUUAGAUGAAGAUUGUGAUAAAGAUUUGUAAUUCUUCUAACAACCGAAAGGGGGUGAUAUUGAAAAGCCCAAACCAAUGCCCAAACUUUAAAAACCAGAAGAUAAACCUGAAGAGUGUGUGAGUGCAGACAACAACAGCCACGGUAUCACAAAACAACAGUCUAUUGUACAGGAGACGUGCAGUGUUGAUAUUUCGCUUCAGCACAGGUCACGUGACUGGUCAUUGUUUUGGAGCAAAGAUCAAACGACAAACUCGAUCGAUACAUUGAACUCUCCGCUGCAUGUCGUCAUUAGUUUGAUCAGAUGUUUGAUACCGGAGUAGGAUGGGCUAUCACACCUGGCACUGUUUACACCAGACCGUGAGCUAUUUUUCGAGUUAAAGUUGGUGUUUUGUCUAUCUAAACUCUCAAACACUCUAGUCAGACUAAGAAUAGGACAGUCGCGGAGUUUAUCCCCUCAGUUUUCCCGAUGUCGGACUGCAGUUCUUCGGGUUCAGAUGAGGAUUUGGACCCGGAGUCUGAGCUGCUGGACGAGCUCGGCGGCAAGCUCAGUAAGUGGACAAACUACAUUCAUGGCUGGCAGGACCGCUGGAUUGCGCUGAAGGGAAAUAUUCUCAGUUACUACAGAUCAGCAGAUGAGAAGGAGUAUGGCUGCAGAGGAUCCAUCUGUCUUAGCAAGGCUGUCAUCACACCGCACGAGUUUGAUGAAUGCCGGUUUGACAUCAGUGUGAACGACAGCAUCUGGUACCUGAGGGCUGAACAUCCUUUGCUCCGACAGCAGUGGAUCGAUACCAUUGAACUUCAUAAGGCUGAGUCAGGCUAUGGGUCUGAGAGCAGUCUGCGGCGCCAUGGCUCUUUACUGUCCCUCACCUCUGCUGCCAGUGGCCUCUCCACUGCCUCCGCAUCCUCCUUCAAGAAAGCGUAUAGCCUGCAGGAGAAGCUAGCAGAGAUGGAGACCUUCCGGGACAUUCUCUGCAGGCAGGUGGACACACUACAGAAGUAUUUUGACAACUGCGCAGACGUUGACAGUAAAGAUGAGCUCCACAGGGACAAAGUAUCUGAUGAUGAAGAUGAUUUUCCAACCCUGCGACCAGAUGCUGAUUAUCUGCUCAACAAUAACAACAGCAGCAAAGAGAAAUUGUUCUCUGUGAACAGCCUCAAAGAUCCCCCAGGCAUUGAUUUCAAGGGUGAAGCCAUCACGUUUAAAGCCACUACAGCAGGAAUCCUGUCUACACUGUCCCACUGCAUCGACAUUUUAGUCAAACGAGAGGAGAGCUGGCAGAGACGACUCGAUAAGGAAAUUGAAAGACGAAGACGAGCUGAAGAUGCUUACAAAGCAGCACUGACAGAGCUGAAGAAGAAGCCUCAUUAUGGAGGACCAGACUAUGAAGAAGGACCAAACAGUCUGAUCAACGAGGAGGAGUUCUUUGAUGCUGUGGAAGCUGCAUUGGAUAAGCAUGACCAAAUCGAAGAGCAAUCCCAGGUGGAAAGGAGCAGGGCAUCUCGACAGAUCUCGCUCACUCCAGACACCUAUUCCUCCAUCAGCACUCAGAAAUACUUAACAAAGCCUCACAGUCACACGUCCUCCUUGUCCUCCGUCGACCUCAUAAGUGCCUCAGAUGACGUGCACAGGUUCAGUGCUCAGGUUGAGGAGAUGGUGCAUAGUCACAUGACGUAUUCUUUACAGGAUGUUGGUGGAGAUGCUAACUGGCAGCUGGUUGUUGAAGAAGGGGAUAUGAAGGUGUACAGAAGAGAGGUGGAGGAGAACGGCAUUGUUCUGGAUCCUCUUAAAGCCACUCAUGCUGUCCGAGGGGUCACAGGGCAUGAGGUCUGCCACUACUUUUGGGACACCGCUUAUCGAAACGACUGGGAGACAACUGUUGAAAGCUUUCAAGUGGUUGAGACACUCUCAGAUCAAGCAUGCAUCAUUCACCAAACACUAAAGAGAGUGUGGCCUGCUUCCCAACGAGACGUGCUUUAUGUGUCAGUUAUGCGUAAAAUUCUCUCCACCAAUGAGAAUGAUCCAGACACCUGGCUGGUCUGCAACUUCUCAGUGGAUCAUGAUGGCUAUCCACCUUCUACUAGAUGCAUUCGUGCCAAAAUCAAUGUAGCCAUGAUCUGUCAAACACUAAUCAGCCCACCAGAGGGAGACGAAGAGAUCAGCAGAGACAACAUCAUCUGUAAAAUCACAUAUGUCGCCAAUGUAAAUCCUGGUGGUUGGGCCCCUGCGUCAGUCUUGCGAGCCGUAGCCAAGAGAGAAUAUCCCAAAUUCCUCAAGCGCUUCACCUCGUAUGUUCAAGAGAAGACCAGCGGUGAGGCCAUCCUCUACUGAACAACACCAGGUUCUCUACAUUCCCAGAUUGUUUCCUCAAUCGCCUGAAGAACGGCCUUAUUCUCACUGAUCCACCAUCACUCCCACCAUAGAGCUGCUCUGCCCAAGUGCUCUUGACACUCUUCACAAACCUUUUUCAAACUGCAUCUAUACAGACUGAACAGCAACGGUACACCAACAAACACACCAGACCUACAUAACCAACACAGUCUGCUCAUAUUCAAAAGGCCUUUAUUUGAUUUUUUUCCCCCCGUUCAGGGUUUUGUUAAAGUGUUUUACUUUUUGUAAAUAUUUGAUCAUAGUUUGAGUAUAGUCUUAAUUAAAUAUAUACACUGUAUACUUGAUGCCUUGAUCUAAUCUCAGCUGAUCGUGAGUUUUCUCACUGGCCUUGUUAAAUAGCCAUUUGUCUUAUGAAAAUCAAGUAGACUUCAGACUUGAGAUCUUUUGUACAGUUAGUCUGAAUGUGCAACGUUUUGUACAUGUGAAGGCAUUACACAUUUAAAGUAUUGUCAUUCAUAAAUAAUGAUUUUGGCAAAGUGUACAUUUAUUGGGAAAUGCUUGUAUAUAAAUUAAUAUUGUUGAAAAUUAAAAAGGUAUUUUGUUCGGGCUAUGAAAAGUUAGGUUUUUUUAGGAAUUGUUCACCCAAAAAUGAAAAUUAGGCAUCAGCAUUCAUAUAUGUAAGUGGCUUUUUCUUAAUUAGAACAUGAAAGAAGAUUUUUAACUUAAAAUUGUGGUCUUUGGUGAUUCAGAAAAUAUAAGUUAGUAUCUACCAGCAAUUUCAGGCUAAACCAAAUGAAUAGUUGUGGUUUAAUAUUAUAUUUAGGUGGAUCUAAAGGUUAUAAUGUUGUAAAUAAUGUUCCUUCUCUUUGACAGACUGAUCGUUUCAGUUCCUAAUACAUUAGUGUAUCAGCAGCAGCAGCCAUAAGUAUUCAUUUUAUUUUGCCUGUAUUUGUGUCUGUGGCUCUCAAAGUGUCGCCAUUGACUUGCUAAAAAUCUUCUUGUUGUACUGAAAGAAAAAGUCACAUGUUGAAUACUGAGGGGAAGUACAUUUAAAAGCAUUUCAUUUUUGGCUAAACUAUCCCUUUAAAUUCCAGACAUUUCUGUAAUAAUUGUAAUAAUAGGUUUAAAAAGUGGUUUCCACAAUGACAUUCCACUUUCGUUUUUGUUUGGCUCUGCAAUUAUUUAUCUACACAAUGUAUUUGUAAUUUUUGCAGUGCCAUUUAUGCUUAUGAAAAGUAAUGACAUUUCACAGUUUUAUAUUGCAUAAGUCUAAUUCAGGAUAUAGGAUUUAAAGGUAAAUCAUUGAUGGUACAUUUGUUCUCAUCUGUGACUUCAAUUAAAGCAAUCGUUGACCCAUAAAUUGUUCGUGUACAGCAGUGUUUCUCAACCACUUUCUUGCAGGACCACCAGCUCUGCAAAUUUUCCAAGUCCUUAACCACACCUGAUUUAGAUCAUCAGCUCAUUAGCGGAGACUGAAAGACCUGUAAUUGGUGUGACAGACAAAAGAGACAUCCAAAAUAUGCAGUGCUGGUGGUCCUCCAGGAACAUGGUUGAGAAACACUGCUGUACAGUACGUUCACUGUCAUUCCAAAUUUGAUAAGCUUUCUCUUUGGAAAACUAUUAUUAUUAGUAGUUGUAUUAAUAUUGUUGUUGUUUUUAUUAUUAUUUCUAAUGUUAUUAUUAUUAUUAUUAUUAUUUUUUUUGAUUUAGCUGUUAUUGUUUUCUGUUUUCCCCCUUCCAUAUUCAAGAAAAUGGAAAGCAAAUCAGUUUACCAACAUUCUUUUAUUAUAUUUGUGUUAAAGAAAAAAGGAAGCCAGAAAAGUUUGGAAUGGCAUGAGUAGACAUAGUAUAAUGUUUGGAUGUUCUACUUCUUAAAUAGAGUUCUGAACUUUCUUCCAUAAGAAAUUAAAUCCAUAUAUAAAACUUCUAGUUGAUUUAUUAUAUGACUCUCGCCAUCAUAUUGUGUUGAUUUGUUUUUCGGUAACAUAAUAAUUUAUGGAGGACCAGGAGUGCUGGUUAGAAAUAAAAUGAAGAAUCUAAUUAUCAGUUUAAUAAUUGAAGCAUUAAAAUGUGUGUAAGUAAAUCACAAUUUAAAUGGACAAUAAAUGGACAAAUAAAUAGACAUAUUUAAAUGUGUUUAUUUAAAUUGUGUUUUUAAAUGGCAAUUUAAUUCACCUUUAUUUGUAUAGCGCUUUUACAAUGUAGAAUUAUGUCAAAGCAGCUUCACAUAAAAGAUCAUAGUAAAUUGAAACAGUGGUUCAUUUUUCAUGCAAGCUAGUGGCGACAGCGGCGAGGAAAAAACUUCACCAAUUGGCGAAGGUGAAGAAAAAAAAAAGACGUUUAAUAAAGCAAUAAAUAAUGCAUUUAUAUAUAACUUUUAAAUGUAUAAAUAAAAGAUUUUCUAAAUGUUUAUUUAAUUCAUGUUUUAAACACUGAUUAAUCAAACAAUAAACGUAUAUUGAUAGAUCAUUUAAAAUGCAUUAAAUGCAACAUUUAAAUAGCUUUUUAAAAAAGGCAUUUGACACAUUCUUUUCUCUCUCUCUAUUUGCCCCUUUUAAAUAUGUCUAUUUAUUUGUCCAAUAUGUGUUCAUUUAAAUUGUGAUUUAUUUAUACACAUUUUAAUGAUUCAAUUCUUAAAUUGAUUGAUUGAUUUUUUUCAUUUUAUUUCUAACCAGAGCACUCCUAGUCCUCCAUAAUAAUUAAGUUCAGAACCACUUGACGUAAAGGGCAGAUUAAAUCGUCACCACUAUGCUUGCCAUCACAGGUUUGCUGCUGCUGUUUUGCUUAAGGCACGUUUAUUUCGUAGAAGAAUGUCCUGAAACACUUUGUUCAAUCCAGCAAGAACAAUGAUAUUAAGCGAUUCCUUUGUAUGUGUAUGUAUUACCACAAACUAAUUAAUGAAACCAAAUUUUAUGGAAAAAAAACUAACUUCCAAAUUUCUUUUUUAUGUAUGUGCCUACAGUUAAACCCAACACUUAAAAUUAAAAGAUUUUUUUUGUCAAAUCAGUGAUUUCAAGAAGCUUUAACAUCCACACAUCCUUCACAAAAGGUUUUUAUAUAAUGGGAAAAAAAGAUGUACACUACACUACCUGACAAUUGUCUUGUCGCCUAUCCAAGUUUUAGGAACAACCAAUAAUUACUUAACUUCUAGUUGAUCAUUUGGUAUCAGAAGUGGCUUAUAUGAAAGGCAAAGGCCUCUAGAUUACACUUUUUUUUUUACCAAAAUAAAAUAUGAUCAUUCCUUGAUUUUUAAUAAUUUAAUUAGGACAGUAAGGUCUGACUUUGCUUAGACAAAAGUCUUGUCACUUAACAGAAAAUAAUGUCCAGUAUAGAAUAUAAAGUCAUGGUGCAGUGGAAAAAGUAUGAACAUUCUGUAUGACUCCCAUGAGCUUGGAGGACUGCAUCCAUGCGUCUCUGCAAUGACUCGAAUAACUGAUUAAUAAAGUCAUCUGGAAUGGCAAAGAACGCGUUCUUGCAGGACUCCCAGAGUUCAUCAAGAUUCUUUGAAUUCUUCUUCAAUGCCUCCUUCUUCAGACAUGCUCAAUAAGGUUCAUAUCUGGAAACUGGCCUGGCCAGUCCUGAAGCAUCUUGACCUUCUUUGCUAUCCUGCUGAAGAAUUUGCCCUCUCUUGUGCUUUGUAAUGUAAUGGGCAGCACAAAUGUCUUGAUACCUCAGGCUGUUGAUGUUGCCAUCCACUCUGCUGAUUUCUUGCACGCCCCCAUACUGAAUGUAACCCCAAACCAUGAUUUUUUCCUUCACCAAGCUUGACAGAUUUUUGUGAGAAUUUUGGGUCCAUGCGGGUCCCAAUAGGUCUUCUGUACUUUUCCAAAUGAUCAACUAGAAGUCAAGGCAUUAUUUGUUGCUCUACCAACUGGGAUUAACGACAAGAUUUUGUCAGGUAGUGUAUAGGAACGUUUUCACUAAAUAUGGUUCCUUUAUGGUGCAAAACCCCACUUUUUUGUAAUCGUUAGUUUUAAGAAAGCAGUUAACUCUCAUGAAAAUGUAUUCUUUUUUUAUUAUUUAACUAUUUAAUGAAUAAACUACAAUUAAUUACAAUUAAACAGCUCGAUUAAUUUGAUUAAUUAUUUUUGGAUCUCUUACAAAUAUUUUGAAGCAUUAAAGAUUUUUUUGGUGAACGUUUAUAACUGAGAGACCGACGUCUUGAAUUUGAUUUAAAAUAACUUAAUCUGCCUUCUGAUACAAAUGUAUUGGUUUGGACUACAUGAGGGUAAGAAAAUGAUGAUUGAAUGUGCUGUUAUGAUCUUUAAAAUACUUUUUGUGUUACAAUUUUUGAGUUCCAAAUGAAAUGUAAUAAUUGUAAAAUAAUAACAAGGUUUGUUCUGGAAUAUGAUUUUUUUUAUAUAUAUUUUGAAAGUAGGUAGUGAUCUUAAAGUGAACUGAAAGUAUAUUAUCUUCUAUAAAAUAUACUGAACUGGUCAUGUUUAUCUUUCUGGGCUUUGUUUGCUUACCGCAUAAGCGACAGGUGAUAAUGGGCAGGAAUGUGGAGGCGUUAGUGCUAUUACCAUAGAAAUAGAGGGAACAAUAAACUAGCCAGGCAGUAUUAUAUGAAAUGUGUGAAGAUUUUAAAUACAUGUCCGUAUAAUCAGGAUUAAUUGUCUUUAAUAUUAUUUAUAAUGAUAAAUAAUCAAAUGACCUCAAAGCAACAGCAUUUCUGUGUGGAGUCUCCCCAUGUAUGUUCUCCCCAUGUUGGCGUGGGUUUUCUCCAGGUGCUUUGGUUUCCCCCACAGUCCAAAGACAUGCGCUAUAGGUGAAUUUAAUAAACUAAAUUGACCAUAGAGUAUGUGUGUGAAUGAGUGUGUAUUGGUGUUUCCCAGUACUGGGCAUCCACUGUAUUAAACAUAUGCUGGAUAAGUUGACGGUUCAUUCCGCUGUGGUGACCCCUGAUAAAUAAAUCAGGGUAAAUAA